CGAAACACAGAAAGAUAACUAAAAAUGAAUUCACGACAACCGAUAACAUCUAUAAGCUCUGCCAACUUCCAGCAGAAAGGAACCGGAAUUAAUGUUAACAGAAACUAUUCACGGGAUAGUGGGUUAAAUCUUAGUGCUCACCGUGGGGAUGUCCGGAUGAGUCGAUUGGAUGCGGCAGAACCUGAAGCCAUCGAAUAUCUACCGCAAAGCUCAGGUUUAGGACAAGGAAGUUUUGACUAUACCAACUUAUAUUGCACUAUUGAUGCACAAGAAAAUAGCUAUUCUACCAUUGAUUUCGUCACUCCUCCAGACGGGGAUGGGGUUCCAACAUCUCAUAGUUACAGAGCAGGGUGUGGCAUCCGGAAUGUCUAUUUUACUAUCUUUAAACGUGUGCUUUCGGCGCUUCUUAUCAUUGGAGAUGUUUUGUUAGACUGGACGUUAUUGUCUGAUGAAAUUACGGGAAUACUAUCUGACGAAAUCACACUUUCACUUAAUGAAAAGUUCACGUUCUCUUUUCCGACAUUUGACGAUGCUGUGCGAGUAUUUGACGACAGUGCAAUGGGAACGGAUAAUUGUUUCUCUACACAAACAGCGAUUUGGUACAGCGGUUUUGUACUUUUUGGCUCUGUCUUUGCCAUAGUGAAGUUGUUGAAUAUCGUUGGAGAAACCAGGCGUGAAAUCUGUGAGAAGAACCAGAAACACAAUAAACAUGAUGAAUCGCAAGAGAACGAAAAAAAGAAACAUGAAACUUUCGGAUUCCAGCUGUUACACGGCUGGGUAGAAACUAUAUUUGCUCUUUUGUUUGAAGACCUCCCACAAAAUAUGUUGCUCUAUAAAUACUCGUCCACCUGUAAGGGUAAUUCCUUAAGUAUAACAAAGACAUCUGUCUCAAUGAUAGGUUCUCUUGUGAAAAAUGUUUUUCGAAAAUGUACAUGUAAACAAAAACCUGGCUGUGCUUGCUGUCUAAUUGCUUUCGAUAUUGGUUGCAUGAACUUUUCGUGCUUAUCUUGCGUGGUUUGUUCCUGUUGUUCCGCUGCAAACAAUUACUAUCCAGAUGGAAGUUUAGUUAAGAUGAAUGGGGGAAAGCUGGCAAUUGAAAAUGUUGAAGAUACUUGUUUGUGUUGCAAAUGUGUUGAGCUUGAGUGGGGGUGUGAAGUGGGUAUUCCACCUGUAUGCUCUUGUGGAAGCUGCGUUUUCAUCAAGCAAAUGGGGUGCUGUGAUAACACAUUUAAAAGUAAAUGCUGUGAGUCUAACUGCUAUUGUAGUAAAGGCUGCUGUGGUAAAAGGAUUGAUAAAGACCCAAUAUGGUUAGACAAAUACAUCACCUUAGGCUAUCUGGUCAACGUUGCUGUUUUUGCCUUUUAUUUUUUAUUUGUACACUUAUCGUAAACUUUGUUUUGGGUUUUAACACCAUAUUUUCUGCUUUUUCUGAAGGAUUCGGAAGCAAACAUGGGAAUAGUACGCUUUGAGUAGUUUCCUUAUUUAGAUUUUAGUACAUUCAAUUAAGGAAUGUAGUUUUUCAUGACUAAAAAUUACAAAUUAAUGUUAAAUGACAUUCUGCUUACUUGUAUAUGCAUAUGGAUAAGCAUAGGCACACCAUGUUCAUUGGUAUAACGUUAUAAUAGCUGGUGCAUACAUAUUAUGCUAUGUACAAUUUAAUGCUUACUGGUAUAUACAAAUCAUGCUAUACAUAACGUUAUAUUUACCGAAUUAUAAUUACAUUCAUUAAACGUUUUGUGUUUAAAGAACAAAGAAUUUUUUUCAUAUAAAAAACGAGACUGCACGAGAAAUCUGACAACAUUCAUAAAAAGAUGAUCAAAAAUGCCUCAAUGAAAAUUUCUUUCGAAAUUUGAUGAAGGCUUUAAAACAAACAUUUGAUUUUACAUGUAAUUUGAACUAAAAUUUCUGACAGUGAAGAGCAAAAUUAUAUCGACACUACUAUAUGAUUUUUUCACUGCAUUUAUAGUAGUUUUGCACGUUUGACAAACUGGAAAUAAUGGCGUAACAUCAUUUAUACGGAUAAUGUAGAAUAACUCGGUAUACAGGAAUCGUUUCAUGAAUAAAUUGCAAGCUAUAUGUAAAUUAAUAAAAGUGGCAACAUAACUUUAAGUACAAAAUUUAAACGUUUGACAUAUUAGAUAAGUCCAAGUAUUUCUUAAAAGCAGCUGGUAAUGUGUGGAUCUAAUUAAUUAUGGGCAAAUAUCUCAAAAACUCGCGCACAGACCUACAUGUAUGCAUUUUAUUUAGAACUGGCCUGAUGAUAACUGAACCGGGAACCUUAUUUCUAUUAGAAAGGGAGUUACAAUAAAGAGCGAUAAGUCUUCUGGCUUUCCUAUCUUAAUGUCGAAAAUAUCGAUAUUUUGGCAUUUAGAUUUUCUUAUACUGAUAGAAAACAACCCGCUUAUAUUGUAAAUAUAAGUACACAAUUAUUUCUGUGCGCAUGAAAGGGUAUAAACCACAUUGGAACAUCUUGAAAAUCUUCCACUAGCGUGAUUAAUAGACUUACAAUAAGUCUCUAUAUGGUUUAUACUUUAAAAGCAUAAAAAGCAUUUAAAUCCUAAAUACAUACCGUUUUUUACAUAAUGUUAUACUUACUUGUAUGUACUAACCAUGUUAUGCAUUGUUUGCUGCUUACAUGUAUAAACAUAUCAUUCAACUUAAUGAAACCUAUUUAAAAUGUUUAUCAGACGAUACUAUAUUUUUAUCUCCAUAAUAACUGGCCGGUGAAAAUGCACCUUAUGGAGGUUAUCAUUCUUUCACGUCUAUUUCUGCUCUGCCUUGAUAUACAUUCCUUUCAACAUUUAUUAUUUGGUGUUAAAAAUUGUAUAUUUGCCUUUGCUAUUUUUCAUACGGUUUCACGAUAGAUAGCAAAAAUGGACAUUGCACAUAUCUUGCUGAACUCUUUAAGAACAAUAUACUGCUGCUUCAAAAUAAAUAAAAGAAGAAGACAUAA